CGUAGGUCACUCCACUCAAGUCUCCCAGAGGUGAUCUGUCUCCUCUCCCCGAACAGCCUCAUCCAAAACACAGCAGCCUUCUCUCUCUCUCUCUCUCUCUCUCUCUCUCUCUCUCCUCCACGAGCUCCCCGGACUCUCUGCCUGCAUCCAGUGAUGUCUUUUCUCCUUAUCACAGUGCUGUCCUCACUUCUAGUGCGAGAUGCUGAGGCGUGGAGCGCCAAUGUCAAGUACGCGGUGAACUGCCCCGACAGAUGCAACGCGGAGCGGUGUGGCGGGACGCAGCGGUGCACACGGACCGUCCUGGAUGACUGCGGCUGUUGCCAGGUCUGCGCAGCCGGCAGAGGGGAGCACUGUUACCGCACGGUGUCGGGGAUGCACGGGGUGAAGUGCGGACCAGGAUUAUUCUGCGAGUUCUACAAGGAUGAGGACGAUUACGGGGACGAAUACGGGAUCUGCAAAGACUGUCUGUAUGGAACCUAUGGGGUUGAGUGCCGCAAGACGUGCAACUGCAAAGGAGGCAUUUGUGACAGGGAGACAGGAGCCUGUCUCAACCUCAAAUUCUUUGCCAAAAUCGCCAGCAAGCUCAAGGCUGAGCCACAAGCAGGGGGAGAGGUGGGCUCAGGAGAGGUCAUCACUGCCCAGAGCACAGAUCAACAAACAGACAGAUCCACCGCUCCAAAGCGACUCAACCCUCGCUGACAAGUGCUGACAAGACUGAAUCCAUUCAGUGUAAAUGUAGCAUUAACUUAUAAAUGAUCUGAAAGAUAUAUUUUAUUAUGUUCAAUGAGAAACAGACUUUUUUACAGCAUUUGGAAGUUUUCUUUGGUUUGUUUGAUCCUGACGCCAUCAUCUUUUCUAAUGAAAUAUGCAGACUGUGUUAUCAUGUUCAGAGUGUCCAUCUUUUUCUUAUUGUUCUUAUCUGUUUGUCGAGUUAAUUAACUACAAUUAUCCAGUUGCCAUUAGCUUCAGCCUAGACCUGAUUCUCUCAUCUAGUGUGCCUUCAUGGAUUGUUGUUGAGGAAAUGAGAGUUAAUGUCACAAGAAGUCUUUUCAAACUGGAUACAGCAAUAUUUUGAAGUUCUGCAUAAUGAGAUUUUAUUUGCACUGUAUAUAUGAAAGGCAGACAUGGGAAAUAUCAUGUAUAUGACACCAGCCAAUGUAAAGAAUGCUCUUACAAUUAAACCAAAGUUAUCACUGA